UGGUCUCGUUUGCUCUCGCGAUGUUUCAGGGGAGGACUCCGCCCCCUUCGCAGAGAGUGGCUCCAAACCGAGCAGCGGACUCAGCGGCCGCUCAGUCAGUCAGUCUUCGCCGCCGCCGCCGCCGGAGGAAGUGCCAUGGACCGGGCCGGGAGAGACUUCCUGUUCCAAUAUUUAAUUGAAACAUUGGAUGGCAAUACAGACAAGAAGUUCUACAAUGUUGCUAAACUAGGAGGCACCAAAUAUGAUAUCCUGCCUUAUUCCAUACGGGUGCUGUUGGAAGCUGCUGUUCGUAACUGUGAUGGCUUCCUAGUCAAAAGAGAAGAUGCUAUGAACAUUUUGGAUUGGAAAGCAAAGCAGAACAAUGUUGAAGUGCCCUUCUGUCCUGCCAGAGUCCUCCUCCAAGACUUCACUGGAAUUCCUGCCAUGGUGGAUUUUGCUGCUAUGAGGGAAGCUGUGAAAAAUCUUGGAGGAGAUCCUACAAAAGUCUAUCCUGCCUGCCCAACAGAUCUCACUGUAGACCAUUCUUUGCAGAUUGACUUCAACAAAUGUGCUAUACAGAAUACUCCCAAUCCUGGUGGUGGGGACCUGCAAAAGCCAGCCUCAAAACUUUCUCCACUGAAAGCCCCUCGGAAACUACCAUGCAAAGGCCAGAGCAGCUGCAGAGGGCCAUGUGAUGGAGAGUCAAGGCGUAAUGUGGGGCAACUUUCCAUGCAGAUUGAGAACACACCUCUACUUUGUCCUUUUCAUUUUCAACCAGUGCCUGAGCCUGAAACAGUAUUAAAAAACCAGGAGAUGGAAUUUGGUAGAAAUAGAGAGAGACUCCAAUUCUUCAAGUGGGGUUCCAAAGUUUUUAGGAAUGUCUCAGUAAUUCCUCCUGGAACAGGAAUGGCACACCAAGUAAACCUGGAAUACUUGUCAAGGGUUGUAUUUGAUGCUGAAGGCUUUCUCUAUCCAGAUAGUGUCAUUGGCACUGAUUCUCAUACUACAAUGGUGAAUGGCUUAGGAAUCUUGGGAUGGGGUGUGGGAGGAAUUGAAACAGAAGCGGUCAUGCUAGGAUUGCCAGUCACUUUCACCUUGCCUGAGGUGGUUGGGUGUGAACUGACAGGCUCAGCCAGCCCGCUUGCCACAUCAAUUGAUGUAGUCCUGAGCAUUACAAAGCAACUAAGGCAAGCAGGGGUGUCUGGAAAAUUUGUGGAGUUCUUUGGUCCUGGAGUUUCCCAGCUCUCUAUAGGUGACCGAACCACAAUAGCAAAUAUGUGUCCAGAAUAUGGUGCUAUUUUGAGCUUUUUUCCUGUAGAUAAUGUGAUGCUGAAGCAUUUGAAGUAUACAGGCUUUGAUGAGGCCAAGCUUAAGUCCAUGGAAGCAUAUCUUAAAACUGUGAAAUUAUUUAGAAAUUAUCAGCUUCCCACUGAAGAACCAGAAUAUUCCCAGAUUAUACAAAUAAACCUGGAAUCAAUAAUGCCCUAUGUUAGUGGUCCCAAAAGGCCACAGGACAGAGUGGCUGUUAUGAAUAUGAAAAGUGAUUUCCAGACUUGCUUAAAUGAAAAGGUUGGGUUUAAAGGCUUUCAGAUUCCAGCUGAAAAGCAAAAUGAUGUUGUUCCUGUUGAGUAUGAAGGAAAUGAGUACCAGCUGGCUCAUGGAUCAGUUGUCAUUGCUGCAGUUAUCAGCUGUACAAACAACUGCAAUCCGUCUGUAAUGCUAGGAGCAGGUUUGUUGGCCAAAAAAGCUGUUGAAGCUGGUCUGACUGUUAAGCCUUACAUAAGAACUAGCUUAUCGCCGGGCAGUGGAAUGGUCACACAUUAUCUCAGUUCUAGUGGUGUUUUGCCAUACCUCAAUAAACUUGGAUUUGAAGUCAUUGGCUAUGGAUGUUCCACAUGUGUUGGGAAUACUGCUCCUCUGCCAGAAACCAUUCAGAAUGCAAUUGUUCAGGGUGAUUUGGUUGCUUGUGGGGUUUUGUCAGGAAACAAAAACUUUGAAGGCCGUCUCUGCAGUUGCAUCCGUGCCAACUACCUUGCUUCACCACCUCUUGUUGUUGCUUAUGCUAUAGCAGGAACUGUGAAUAUUGAUUUCCAAACGGAGCCAUUAGGAGUCAGUCCUGAUGGGAGAAGUAUCUUUUUGCAUGAUAUUUGGCCUACGCGGGAAGAACUUCAACAGAUGGAAGAAGAGUUUGUAAUAGCAUCCAUGUUUAAAGAGCUGAGGCAGAAAAUGGAGAAAGGAAACAAGCUAUGGAACUCUUUGGAAGCUCCUGAAUCCAUUUUAUUUACAUGGGAUUCAAAGUCUACAUACAUCCGAUGUCCUUCAUUUUUUGAUAAAUUUGCCAAAGACCCACUUCCACCCCAGUCCAUUGAAAACGCACAUGCCUUGUUGUACUUGGGAGAUUCUGUAACAACUGAUCACAUUUCACCUGCAGGAAGCAUUGCAAGAGGCAGUGCUGCAGCCAGAUACUUGACAAACAAAGGCCUCACACCCCGUGAAUUCAAUUCAUAUGGUGCUCGACGGGGCAAUGAUGCUGUGAUGACAAGAGGAACUUUUGCAAACAUAAAGCUUUUAAACAAAUUCAUUGGGAAACCAGCUCCUAAAACUGUCCAUAUUCCAACAGGACAGAUGUUGGAUGUAUUUGAUGCAGCUGAGUUUUAUCGGAAAGAGAAUAUACCUCUGAUCAUCUUGGCAGGCAAGAAGUAUGGACAGGGGAGCUCAAGAGAUUGGGCUGCAAAAGGACCUUUUUUACUGGGUGUCAAAGCAGUUAUCGCUGAAAGCUAUGAGAAGAUCCAUAAAGGUCAUUUAAUUGGAAUGGGCAUUGCUCCACUUCAGUUCUUCCCAGGUGAAAACACACACGUUUUGGGCCUGACAGGCAAAGAACAGUUUUCUAUCGCCUUUCCUCAAGAGCUAUCCCCUGGAAUCAUCGUAGACGUAAAGACAAAUACAGGUAAAGUAUUUCACGUGCUCGCCUCCUUUGACAAUGACGUCGAAGUAACAUUAUACAAACAUGGUGGCGCUUUGAACUACAUGAUUCGAAGGCUCUUGUAGAGACCUGUUCGCACGCUGGGGAAGGUGCGUAAAUAGGCCAACCCCCUGAAGGCUUGUGCAGACCUCACCCUCUUGACGGAACUGUAUACAGUCCCACUGCGCUCAGAUAACUUCGUCCAUGGAUGUAAAAGAUUGUGAAUUGUUUUAGUGACUGCAGCAAGAUCCUUCCAGAUUUUAAAAUAAUACUCGAAUGGUGCUAUUGACAUUGCUAAAAAAUUGACGUGCGUGUUGUGAAAAAGAAGCUGUAAGUAUGGGGGGGAGGGGAGGGAGCGGGUUGUCCUAGAGCAUUUUGUAAAUAAAUGAUGUGAAACCCUGAAACUGAAUUGUGGUGAAAAUUUUAAGCAAGAUCACAACUUUUAGUUGUAUUUCCCCUUAGUUUCGGCACCUUUUCACUUUCUAUUGCUGCUUGUUGGUUUGAGAGCAGCACAUGAUUUGGAAUUUUAACAGGUGGGUAGCUUCUUUUUUGUUCGGGUGUCCAGGCCCCUGAAAAUCCAAAGUCUGCUAUUAGCCACUGGCCUUGAUGCGUGUGUUGGUUGUAGGUUAGGAGGCUGAAGAAAUCCCUACAUAGUAGACACAACAAUUUUCUUUAAGCGGAUACUCUUGAAAUAUGUUGGACUACAGCUCCCAUCACCCUAGCAAUCAUGUCUCCUAUCCUUCAUUGGGUGGGGAUGAUAUGAGAAGCAGUCAGAUGCCAUCUGGAGGGUGUAAAAGUGGGGAACACUACUCUGUGAGAACAAAAGAUUUUUCUUUGAAGAACGCAAACCUUGAAGACAAAACAUCCCAUUUUGAAGUAUUUGUAUUUGCAAACAAAUAAGGUUGCAGCAUCCACUCUUGCUUCAUUCAAAAUCAAGAUGGCUUUUGAUGAGUGAUUGUCAGGGACCUUAACUGCAUUAACCUGACCCCUUGCUGAAUCAGCUGAAACCGUAACCUUGUCUCUCACCCUCUCAGUCUUUCCUGAGUUUGCCUUUUGCAAUGAAGAAAAGUAGAUAAAAGAAUUGAACAGAAGUAGCUUUGUUUGUGUGCCACAAAAACAACAACCAAGGGUCCUAGUGGCCACUUAAGAAUUAAUACAAUUGGAAUAAUUUUUUAUGGACUGCAGCCUGAUUCAUCAGAUGCAUGGAAUACUGCCUCAGUUGACAGACACUUACACACAGGUUCCCUUCACCCAAACAAGUGUGUAAAUAACUGCUGAGGGAGCACUCCAUGUAUCUGAUGAAAUACAAUAGGCUGAAGUUGCAAUAGCUUAUGCCAAAUAAAACUUCUUAGUUUCCAAGAUGCCACUAGACUCUCCGCAGAUAAAAGAGCAGUAACCUGUGCUCACCAUCACCAAGGUUUGAGAUGGUUCUUUUUAACUAGUCUGUCCUUUCUCUGCUUUUAGUGAGUGAUCAAAAUUAGCUGAAACCUUUGGCCUAAAGAGGAUUGUAAAUAAUUGACUACUUUGCUCAGGCAAUUUGUGGUCCUUUUUUCCCCUAUUAACCAGACAGGCAUCCAUUCUUCAAAAGAUUCUUGCAUUCUAGCCCAGACUACCUAUUAUAUCAGUGCCUUGUCUCGUAACAUUUGACUGUUUCAAUGUUGCUAUAGGAAACUUUCCUUGAUAAAAUUUGGUAUAUUUUGCAUCUCAGCAGGACAAGCAAAGCAGGCUGGUGAGUUUGUUGGGUUCUAUCAGACCCUUCUUAAAACACUGUACCCUAAAAAUGGUUCUCUUCAUGAUGUGAUCUGUGGCAGUUACUUUAUAGUGAGAAGCAAACUAUAAUUAAGAAUUACCUGUGGCAAUUAUUUUACAGAGAGCAGCAGACUAUAAUUAAGAAUUGCCUAAUUCAUGUACACAGUAUAGUCUUUCUUCUACUCUAGGAAUUUUGCUGUAGAAAAAAAACUGCCCUCGGUAAUUAAAAACUCAGUUUCAGAGUAUUGUGUAGAGAAGCCAUUUAAAAAAUAAGCCUGACGUAAUAGAAUAUCUAGUGAAUAUUAUAUUAUAUCACUGACUUCUGAGUUGCAAUUUGGAAAUUAAGUUAUAUGGGGUGGAUAGGGAGGUUACAUGGCCUGGAAACGUGUUCAUGUCCAGCACUUUGGUUUGAGGUGGACACCCAUCUCUGUUACCCUUUUGAAUCCCAGUUACUUUUCAGUUGCGGGGGGGGGGGCAAUAAAAUCCUUAAGCCUGCCUUCCCCAACCUGAUGCUCUCUAGAUAUGUUGGACUUUGAUGGAAAUUGCAUUCUUAAUUCAUCUGGAGGCUCCUGAGAUGAAAAAGAUUGUUUUAACCAUUUGUCGGUGGAAUUUCAUAGAUUACCCCCCCCAAAAAAAAAACAUUUUUGGAUCAGUAUCUUCUAUAAAAUAACUACAAGGCCAUCUGUGCCCCUUUCUGUCACCUUACAGCCAUUUUUUUUCCUGAUUAACUGUCGAUAAAUACACUGAUAUCUCUUUUCUGCAUUAUUCUUGUUCAAAAUACCUGGCAAAGUCAUUCUGGCCUAAUUAUCCUUGAUGUAAUGGUAUAUUCUGCAUCUUAAAUAGGGAAAGCAAAAGAAGGAUCCUGUAUGUGUAGCAAUCUUUUAAUUAACUUUUCCAGUCUAGUGAGACUUUCUCUGUUGUUAAUGCAAGUGGACAUUCUUCCUGACUCUCAAAACUUGCUUUCCUAAGCUGGUAUGCCUUUAAGGGACAUAUCUGUUUUUGCCUACUACUGCUCUGAAAACAACAUUCAUACAUUUUUCUGGAAGGCUCAUUUGCAUCUGCAGCUUGUGCACAAGCAUAUGUUCCCAAAUCUAGUAGAGCUUCAGACACAGAGACAGAGUUCUGACGGUAUUACAGGUUGAACGCCCUUCUAAAAAGCUUCCAUCAGUACCCUGACAUUGAUACCUAAGCUUGAACUUUCCUUUAAGUGGACUAUUUUCAGAUCAGGUCCAAAGAAGGUGUAGUUGUUUCCCUAACAAAGUACACUAUCUUUCUGCUUUAUAGGCCCACAUGAUGUGCAUGACCAGCAAGGCUAGAGCUGGCUUUCUGAUUUUGGCAAAGUGAUUUCAUGUGAACAGGGCUCUUUUUUAAGUCAAAAUACUGCCAGGAGUGGUCCAAUGCCUCUGUCAUUCCUUGGGUUCCCCCUUCCAAAUGUCAAAGGAUUGUGCUUUCCAGGCAGUAGGUCCUAUGGCUUUGAACUCAGUAGGACAGACUUCACAGUUAAGAUGCCUAGAUUUAGGAUGUGUAUCUGAAAUUUUGGCACAGUUUAUUCUAGUUUUCAGUACCUGCCAAAGGCAGAGGCAAGUUUUCUUCCUGCAGCUUUCCACAACCUGAGU